AAGAGGAGAGGACAGCAGAUUAUGGAAUCCUCAAGUCCCCCCAAGGGCCCCGUGGAACCCAAAGAAAAGAGGAAAAUCCAUUUUGCAGUCCCGGCCACAGAACCGACCCAGCUGGAUCCUCGACAGGUUGAAAUGAUUCGCAGGCGGAGACCCACACCUGCCACGUUGUUCAAAGUAGCAGAUCAAACAUCACCUGAGGAUGACAUCUCCAACCAUCAGUGGGUUGUAGGAGAAAACGGCGUCCUCAAACCAAGACGAAUCAACCCAAAUAUCUACCAGCCACCAUCAUUAAAAGCCGUCCAGGAAAUGGCUGAAGCUCAAAUGCUGAAGUUAGGUGUGUGUCCUUAUGUAGAAGACGAAGGGGAGGAGCCAAUUCUGAAUGAGAGGGAGGAGCUUAAAUCAUCCUGCACAACUGAAAUGCUACUCUUAAGGUUCACAGGAGCAAACGGACAUGACGGGUAACCAGUCGGGCUUCAGAAAGGCAAUAGCCACAGAAGUGACUGAUGAAGAAGAGGAGAUUGAAGAAGAAUCAGAUGAUGUGACGGAUCAAGAGAGCACACAUGUGGACUGAGAAUGCAAGUGGACAGAGUGAAUGUCUAGAAGAUUUUUCAUAAUGCAGAACCGUAUUGCUUUUUAUUGUAAGACUUUAACUGGAAUUUUUAAGAAAUCCAACUGCAAAGAUUAUUUUAUCCGUACAUGGCUAUAAAAUAGAGAUCGUUCACAUGAAACAUAUCAGAAGUCAUGUAUUAUAAUAUCAUCAGUGGAUGUGCCUGAGUGAACUGUGAAUGCGAAGUAAAAUUUCUCUCUAUUCUUCAUUUUUUUAAAGGUACAAUUUGACUGAAUCAUGUUUUGUUUGUUUUUUAAAUCAAAUAUUGUCAAGUUGUGUGAUAGUAAGUAUUCUAGUAUAAAAACUAUUCUAGUAUAGCUUCUGAUAUUUGUAGCUAUGUUUUGCUGUUUGUGUGUUUGCAUUUUUUGUGCUCUUACACUGCCAUCUAGUGUACAGAGCAUUAUUAUAUUGAAAUUACAGAGUUACUGUCUAAAUUAUAAGAGUAUCAUUGUUUUUCAGCACUCAAAUUUAUGUGCAGUUUGUCAGUGUCAAGAAAAUCAAAGCUGCUCAUUUUUACACCAAUUUCCAUGUACAUCAAGAGUAUGCAAAGUCAAUUAUGUUGAUGAACAAAUAAUAUUAAACUUAGUUUUUAUUGAGA